GUCGCUCUCACACACAGACAACCAGGCAAUCGCGACAAAUUAGCCCGUCUUCGUUUCCUAUCGCUCUCCUGCGCUCGUGUUGGUUUUCGUUUUCUCGAUUCUCCGAGCUUUCACCUUCUCACAAGCCACCUAUCCGCACACGACACGCAACCACACGAACACAGCGACAAAGAUGAAGCCGACAUGCCCGCCACUUCCGCCGAUCCCAGCGACGAUGGACUGGGAGAGGUUCCGAGAGGAGGGCCACCGUGUCAUCGACUUCAUUGCCGACUACCACCUCGCGCUAAAGAACCGUGAGAUGCCGGCGCAAUCGGCGGUGAAGCCGGGGUACCUCAAGAAAGCGAUCAGCGACAGGACGGCCCCGCAAACACCGCAGUCCAACUUCACGGGCAUCCUGGCCGACAUCCAGAAGAACAUCGUCCCGGGCAUGACGCACUGGCAGCACCCGGAUUUCUACGCGUGGUUCCCGGCGCAGGUUUCUCCGGCGGCGCUGCUCGGCGACACCGUGGCCAGCGGCUUCAACCAGCCAGGCUUCAACUGGAUGGCCAGCCCGGCCGCGGCGGAGCUCGAGACGAUCGUGACGGACUGGCUGGCCCGCGCCUUUGGAUUGCCGGCGGAGAUGACGUGGGAGAGCACCGGCGGCGGUGUGCUGCAGCCGACGGCGUCGGAGGCGGUGGUGGUGGCCUUGUUAGCGGCGAAGAAUCGCACCCUGGAGAAGUUCGCGACGCCCGCCGAGAAGGCCACCGCCUCGGCGAAGCUCGUCUGCUACAUCAGCGAUCAGGCCCACUUCUGUGUGGAGAAGGCCAGCCGCAUCCUCUCCUUCUGGCACCUGCGGAAGGUGCGGUCGCGCCGCGACGCACACGGCAACUGCCCAAUGCACGGCGAUGACCUCCGCGCGGCGGUCGCGGCGGAUGUGGCGGCGGGACUCAUUCCGUGCUUCGCCUCCAUGAACUACGGCACUACCGGCGUGUGCGCCACGGACGACUUUGAGGGCAUCGCGAAGGUGUGCGCGGACUACGGUAUCUGGCUGAACCUCGACUCCGCCUACGCGGGGGCGACGGCCGUGUGCCCGGAGAUGCGUGCGCCGCUGCUGCCUGCGUUUGCGCACGCCGACAGCAUCUUCAUCAACGGCUCGAAGUGGUUCAGUCUCAUGACGAACUGUUCCUUCUUCUUCUUCCGCGAUCGCAGGUACAUUGUGUCGUCGCUGAACGCCACUGGCGUCUACCUGUCCAACAAGUACACCGAGGCAGACGCGGUGAUCGACUUCAAGGACUACCAGUUGGGCAUGGGCCGCCCCUUCCGUGCACUGAAGGUUUACACGACGCUGCAGUACAUGGGUCUGGAGGGCAUCCAGGCCACCAUCCGUCGCCACUGCGCGCUCGCCAAGUACCUGCACGACCUGCUCGCGCAGUGCGGCGGCGAAAUGCUCGAGUUCCCGGUGGAGGCGAAGUUCGGCCUCGUGUGCUUCCGCAUUCGAGAGGACGAUGCAGCCAACAAGCGUAACCACACCAUGCUCGAGACGAUGGAGGAGGAGCGCCGUGCCAUGAUCGUGCACCACGAGCUAGACGGCAAGGUGAUUAUUCGUGUGGUCCUCGCCUAUCCGGGGCUGACGGAGAAGGACAUGGAGGACUUGGCGGACUACUUGACGGUGAAGGCGAAGGAGACAAUUUCCAGCAUCCCAUUGUAA